AUGUCAAAAUCAUGUCAUAAAUCUGACGUUCGGCUCAAUGCUGCCGUCAUUCAAACAAACUUCAUAUGUGCUAAAGCCUCUGUACGUGCUGGCAAGCUCGGGAUUACUCCUGAUCAUAACCACAGCGGGGCUUCGCUCGCAGACCUUCCAGCAGAAAUGCUGGAAGAAAUUAUGAUGUACUUUGAUCCUGAUGAUUUCUCUGAUUGGGAGUGCCUUAGCAAGCUGCGUAUGACUAAUCAUCAACUAGAGAUGCGCACUCGGCCUCAUGUUUUCAAGAGCAUUCCAUUGUGGUUGAGUUCGGAGAGCCUGCAAACCCUCGACAAUAUCUCCACGUCGGCGCACAUCGCUCCGCACGUGCGUAAACUUUUGGUCGGGCCAACAGAGUUUCCUCGAGUACGUGAACAGAGGGAAAGUUAUGACUGGGAUCUACAUUCUGUCAUUCACACUCGGCAUCCAGAAUGGAAAAAGGAUAAAGUAAAUGAAGAGAAAGCACGCUAUGACUCUGAGUGUCAUAAAUUGUACAGUGAGCAAACUCAAUUAGCACAAGAGGGUUGUGAGGGAACACUCUUCUCUGCUUUGAAGCGACUACCUAACCUCGAGACGGUGGAGGUCAGGCUUGACAACGAAUUCAUCGGAUCAAAAGAGAUCUAUCGCAAGUUGUUGAGCAUCUACUCAAGCAGCUACCACAGGCCAUACGAGCACAGCUGUGACUUGAUCCUCCCUUCAUUACUUCACAGCUUGACGCGAGCCUCUUCACAGCUGAGAGCAUUGAAAUUGACACGGCAUAACAAAAGUCUUGCAGACGCUAAAGAGGGCAGCCGCACAACCGAUGUACAUCUGGAUACGAGUCACUUCGAUACUAAGCUCAGCGAAGAUGCCAUUUCCAACAGCUCCAGCCACAAGGACCAUAGCGUCACGAAACUUUUGCAGAAUUUGGAGGAAUUUGAAAUAUUCCAUUUCAGUGACUUUCUCCCGAUAAGAGAAUAUACGACCUUCGAUGCGCUGAGUGAAGCUCUCAUGGAUAUGCCUUUACUAAGUAGGCUUACCCUGCGAGGGCUUGAAUGGUGCAAUCAUCUGUUGUACGAUGAUGAUCUUGAAGACACUUCAUCACUGCUACGAGAGUGUCAUUUCGCCCAUUUAACACACUUCGAGAUUGGUGAGGUAUCUGACCGACACAAGUCAUUGCAGAUGUUCUUGAUCAGCCACAACAGGACACUCACGGUUAUCAGGCUAGUCAACACAAAGAUAUGGAAAGGAAACUUAGAAGAGCCGGUGGAUAUUAGGCAUAAAGCCCUCCGCAGGGUCAGGGAAUCUUCGACUUUCGAUAAUUUGAAGAUCUUUGAGAUAAGGGAAGAAAAGGAUUAUAUGGAAGAGUCACCUCUCACGUUGGAUGCCACAGAAUACAUGCGACGCAAGGAAGAUCUCAGUCCGCUUGACGAGCCCUGGGGGCUGGAAGUACUGUCGAAGCAGAAAAAAGCGAAGGAGAGAGAGUUGCAAGCUGCACAAGAAGCAGCAUUCUUAUCUUCUGAUGAAGAUGGAUGA